AUGUCUGUCAACUGGGUCAUGCUCACCCCCGACACGAAGGACAUCGUCCCUCUUCAGAACGAGACGAUCUUUUUGCGCCAACUGGGCGUGAAGUUCGAGCUCGACUGUUCCAACGGAGGAUAUCCAGGUGCUGGAGCCUCAUACACCUCCAAGAGUGGGACAUUAAUGUUGACGAACCAGAGGAUUGUCUAUCUGUGCGCUGCACCCACAGCCUUCUUCAGCUCAGCCUCGUUACCGGUGAAAAACAUCCAGGAUAGCAAGCUGGUCCAGUCUUGGUUCUCGGCACCGGUCUUUAAGGCCGUGGUCAUGCCCGUGCCCGGAGGUGGGCUGACACAGCCCGCGCGGUUGGCUAUCUCGUUCACUAGUGGAGGUAAAGUUUUCAAAAGAUGA